GAUAUCCAUCGCGCCGCGCCUGGUCCCCGCGCUGCUAUCGCAGAAGGCUCUUGCUCAGCUGGGGGCAGUGCGCGACCAUGAGGUGGAGGCUGGCGAGAGCACCAUGGCGUUCAGGAAGCUGGGGGUCCCCAACCUCGAGCUCGGGCAGAUCAAGAGCGGACAUCCGAGUUUCGAUGUGCUGGAGUUCGACAGGAACAGGUACAACAUAUUCCUAGUGGUUCUCCAACGGGGUCCAAAGGGGCCCCGCGUCAACCACGUCAAGAGCGACCCGAAUCACGAGGAGCCAAGCUUCAACAUCAUGAGGGGUCCGAAUCAGCACGAGCUAAACUUCAGCGACUGCGAGAGCGAUCCGAAUCACUGCGAACUAAACUUCAGUCAGCCUCAGGAGCACCCCAACGAGAACUCUGUGCGGGGGUGGGGCAUCCUCGAUGUCAGCGCCAACAAGAAAUACAACGCCGUUGCGCUGAUGCGCUGGAAGCAGAUUUGUAAGCUGGUGUUCUUAGCCAUCGCGAUGACCAGGCGCCCGGCGGUGGCCAUCAUCUUCCACAACGGGCGCCGCCACAGCCAGGGGGAGAUCCUCGAGAGGCAGUCCGAGGCGCCAGCGCCCAGACGACUACUACCACUGGGGACUAUGGUCAAGGUGGAGUUGCAGGAGGAGAUGGAGAGCAACGGGCUGGAGUUCCAAGGCCUGGGCUGCAGAGAGAUGCGCGUGAUCCUCAGCGAGCAACGGAUCGAGAACGGCCAGGGCCGCAGAG